AUGGCUCAACUUCCAAACGGCAAGCUAUUCUGCUUUGGUAGUUAUUCAUCUUCUUGAAUUCCAAUGAUAAUUGAUGUGAAUUGUGGAGUCGAAGUGUUGCCAUCUGGAACUCCUUGCUCUGGCACAUCAUGUAUCUAUUUCAACAACAGCAUCUAUUGCUUUGGAGAAAAGGGUAGAAACAAAAUAACUCUCUCUAGUAGAUUUGAUUUGGAACAAAAUCGAUGAAUUCAAUUAGCUCAGAUGCCAACAUAUGAUUAUAUGUGCCAUAGUAUAAUAUUUAAUGGAAACAUUUUGAUUUCUGGAUUUCUUAAUAGAAAUCUUUGGUUAUACUCAAUUGAUAUUGACUCUUUCUCAACAAUUCCUUAUGAGUUUGCAGAGAAGAAAAGAAAAGUCCUGAUAAAUACAGAGAGACUGUAUUUGAUUGAAUGCGAAAAAGGAUCAAUCUAUGAAAGCGAAAUUGGAAGUUUAUGAAAUUGGAAAAGAAUAGCAGAAUCGAUAAUCAGCUGCAAUCCUGAUCAAGUUUAUUUUUUAUAUAAUAAAGGAGGAGUAUGCAUCUCAACUAUUUCUUAUUUGACUAGAGAAUACUAUUUUUUUAAUUUAGAACAAAAAAUCAUUAUUGAUGUUUCUUACUAUAAUGAGCAUUUCUCACUAAGAAGAGUAGGUAAAAAGAUUGAAGUAAUAAAAUGCAAUAACCAGAAUUCUAAACUCGAUCCUUAUUACCAGGAUGAAUGAAAUCAAAAAGGCAAUACUCUAGCCGAUUUAGCAAGAACUCUAGGAGCAAUUGAACGCUUAGACGAAUCAAUCAAACUCAAACCAAACAACGCUCCUUUUUAUUAUUAUAAAGGCGAAGCUUUUUAUGAUUUAAAAAGAUAUCUAGAAGCAAUUGAAUGCUACAAUGAAGCAAUCAAGCUCGAUCUAAACGAUCCUGAUUUAUACAAUAAUAUAGGCAACGCUUUUUAUAAUUUACAAAGAUAUCUAGAAGCAAUCGAAUGCUAUGACGGAGCAAUCAAACUCGAACCAAAUGAAGCUUGUUUUUACAAAAAUAAAGGCCAUACUUUUUAUGAUUUAAAAAGAUAUCUAGAAGCAAUUGAAUGCUAUGAUGAAGCAAUUAAACUCGAUCCAAACGAUCCUGUUUUAUACAAUAAUAAAGGCAAAGCUUUUUCUUAUUUAGAAAGAUAUAGCAGUUGCCCGAUGAUGGUGCAUUGAGCGCCAUCAUCGGGCAACACCAAACAAGGGUCCACACGUGAAAAGGGUUCCACGUGUGGAGCCCUUUUUGGCUCGUGGAAAUGAGGAUUCUCCACGUGUUUAAAAAGGGCUCCACACGUGGAAUCCAUUUCCACUGUGAACCCUUGUCUGGUGUUGCCCGAUGACGGCAGAUUGAGCGUCAUCAUCGGGCAACUGCUAUAUCUAGAAGCAAUUGAAUGCUUCGACGAAGCAAUCAAGCUCAAUCCAAAUGAAGCUUGUUAUUACUAUAGUAAAGGCAAAGCUUUUAAUGAUUUAGAAAAAUAUCAAGAAGCAAUUGAAUGCUAUGACGAUGUAAUCAAACUCAAUCCAAGCGAUGCUGAUUUAUACAAUGAUAAAGGCAACGCUUUUUAUAAUUUAGAAAGAUAUCUAGAAGCAAUCGAAUGCUAUGACGAAGCAAUCAAAAUUAAUCCAAACGAUGCUAAUUUAUACAAUGAUAAAGGCAACGCUUUUAAUAAUUUAAAAAGAUAUCUGGAAGAAAUCGAAUGCUAUGAUGAAGCAAUCAAACUCGAUCCAAACAAUGCUGAUUUUUACAAUGAUAAAGGCAACGCUUUUUCUAAUUUAGAAAGAUAUCUUGAAGCACUUGAAUGCUAUGACGAAGCAAUCAAAAUCAAUCCAAAUUGCGCUUAUUUUUACCAUAAUAAAGGCAGAGCUUAUUCUAAUUUAAAAAAUUAUCAAGAAGCAAUUGAAUGCUAUGACGAAGCUAUCAAACUCGAUCCAUACAAUGCUGAUUUUUACAAUGAUAAAGGCAACGCUUUUUCUAAUUUAAAAAAAUAUCUAGAAGCGCUUGAAUGCUAUGAUGAAGCAAUCAAAAUCAACCCAAUUUAUGCCCCUUUUUACUAUAAUAAAAGCAAAGCGUUUUGUGAUUUAAGUAGAUACCUAGAAGCAAUUGAAUGUUAUGACGAAGCUAUCAAACUCGAUCCAUACGAUGCUGAUUUUUACAAUGAUAAAGGCAACGCUUUUUCUAAUUUAAAAAAAUAUCUAGAAGCACUUGAAUGCUAUGACGAAGCAAUCAAAAUCAAUCCAAAUUGCGCUUAUUUUUACCAUAAUAAAGGCAGAGCUUAUUCUAAUUUAAAAAAAUAUCAAGAAGCAAUUGAAUGCUAUGACGAAGCAAUCAAACUCGAUCCAAACAAUGCUGAUUUUUACAAUGAUAAAGGCAACGCUUUUUAUAAUUUACAAAGAUAUCAAGAAGCAAUCGAAUGUUACGACGAAGCGAUCAAACUCAAUCCAAAUGAAGCUUGUUUUUACAAAAAUAAAGGCCACACUUUUUAUGAUUUAAAAAGAUAUUUAGAAGCAAUCGAAUGCUAUGACGAAGCAAUCAAACUCGAUCCAAACGGUGCUGAUUUUUACUAUAAUAAAGGAGAUGCUUUAAAUGAAUUAGGAAGAUACCCAGAAGCAGUAGAAAGCUAUGAUGAAGCAAUCAAAAUCAAUCCAAAUGAUGGCGAUUUUUAUAAUCAUAAAGGCAAUUCUCUUUAUGCUUUAAACAAAUAUCAAGAAGCAAUACAAUGCUAUGAUGAGGCAAUCAAACUUGAACCCAAUAAUCCUUUGCAUUUCUGCAGCCGAGCUAGAGUAUUUAAUAAUCUCAGACAAGAAGAAGCAGCUUUGCAGGACUUUAAUAGAGCUUAUAACUUGAAGCAAGAAAAUCAAGAAAGUGGUGUUUUCACUGGGGAUGAAUGAAACCUUUCUCAAAAAGAUAUCAAUUUUAUUAACGAAGUAUUAAGCCGAGACCGUGCUGAGCUACUCCAAAAAAUGCAGAUUUAG